GUGGACCUCACAAGCCGAGAGCGACGCGGCACCGAUCGCGACGGUACGUGGCCGCGUCCCAGCGCUCACACGGAUCACGGGGGCAGCCGCGUCGCAGCCCGCAGCAGCAGGAACGACCGAUGGCGGCGGUAGCCCAACAUCCACAACCGAAGGCCAUGAGCGCGGACGAGCUCGCGCGCUCGCUGCGGGCGCACCUCGAGCGCCGCGGCGUCCUGCGCGGCCUCACGGCUCGUUUAAGAAGGGACAUCACGCUCGAAGUAAGAGGGCAGCGCGGCGACGGGCCGCAGCCGUCGUCGUCGCAGCAAAGGCUGCGGGACUCGGUCAUCGCCGAGGCGCUGCGGACGCAGCACACGGGCAACGCCUACGCCGUCUUCGUGCCCGAGAGCUCGCUCGGCGAGGAGCGGGCCUGCCUCGACCGCUCGGAAUUAACGGAGGCGGUCGGGCCCUACGCGUCCACGGCGCUGGACAAGCUGAUAGGAAGGGCCACGACCAAAACCGUGGAUGUGGAGACGAACACGACCAUACGACCGGCCGGCGAAACAUUGGGAGACCGCCUCGAGAGUGUCCGGCGGAAGUUUAGGGCUCUGUCCAAGGAGAAGGAGAACAUCGAAAAUGAAGCGACGCUCGAAGCCGAGGCUACGGCCGCGGCUAUCGAGAGCGCCGAGGCCAUCGUGAAGGCCAAGCGAGACGCCGACGUCGAGGCGGACUACAAGCGGCUCCACGCGCGCUACCGCGACGAGCUCGAUGCCUUGUCGCGGAACGUCCGGGCCGUCCUGCAGCGCGAGAGCGAGUCCCGCGAAGAUGCUCAAUCAGCCGCGGCGGAUAGAGCAAGGGCGGACGCUGCGAGAGCGGAAGCCCGGAAGCACGAGGCCCAGGCGGAGCGGCUCCAGGCGCAGUUCGCGGCGGCCGUCGCGGACGCCAACGCCGCUAGGUCCGAAGUGUUGCACUUGCGGGAGGCGCUCGUGCUGCAGCGGGAGGACGCCGCGAGCCGAGCAAGGGUGCAGCUCGCGCAGGCCGAAUUCGCGGCCGCCGAACGAAGAAAAACGGAGGACGAGCGCGCGCGCGCGUCGGAGCUCGCGGACGAUCUAGCCGGUGAUAGUCAAGUGCAGCUCGAGCCGAGCCGCGCCGGCCAGCUCUCGUCGUCCGAGGAGGCGAUUGGCAGGCGGGCGGCGGCGGCGUUCCGCCUGGCCGGGAGGAAUAGGAGAGAAGCCGUCUCCACGACGGUCGUCUUCGAGGCCCCCAAGGACCCCGUGCGGGCGCUGGACGCGGCCUUGGCCGCCGGCGACGCGGCCGAGCGCAUGCGCGCCCAGGCGUGCGCGCAGCUGGACGCCGAGGUCGCGUCGAACGAGGAGCUGCGGAGCGAGUUAAGAGCCCUGCGGAACCUCGUGGACCAGAGCCGUGGCGCGCUGGACGCGUUAGCCAGGGAGCCGCCGUCGGCGUUCUCGCGCGUCCACGUCGUCGCCAAGCCGCCGCCGCCGCCGCCGUCGCGUUCUGUGAUAGAGGCGGGCCCGCCGCGGUUCCAGCUCGUGGACACGCGCGACCUGUACGCGUCGCGGCGGCGCGCGGUGCCGGACGACGACGACGACGACGGCGAGCUCGCCGCGCUGCAGGAGCGCCGGGCCAAGGCCCUCGCGCGGGCCAAGGCCGACGCCGAGGCCGCGGAGGCCGAGGCCGAGGCGUCGCUGCGGCGGCGCGAGGCGGCGCUCGUCGCGCGCGAGCGCGCCGCGGCGGCCGCGGUCUACGUCUCCCCGCCCGUCGCCGCCGCGCCGCCGCCGACCACGGUGUACGUCGCGCCGCCGGCCGCGCCGAUGCCGGUCCCCGCCGCGCCGGUGGCCGCCGCGCCGGCGGCGGCCUCGCCGCCGGUGAUCGCCGCGCCGGCGCCGGUCCCGCCGGUGGAACCGGUGGCCGCCGCGCCGCCGGUGCCCGCAUCGCCGCCGGUGGCCGCGCCGCCGCCGAUCGCGACCGAGCCGCCGCCGGUCUCGUUCCAGAAGCUGACGGAGCCGGUCGCGCUCGGCGACACGUUCCGGUCCCACGUACCGGAACCCGACGAGGCCGUCGUGUCGCCGCCGGAGAAGCCGGCGAAGCCGCCGCCCGAGGACCGGUCGCCGCGGUCGCCGCGGUCGCCGCGCGUGCGGGGCGGCAUGCUCGACGACGACGACGAGUCGAGCGACGGCGAGCCCGAGGCCCCGGCGAUCUCGCCGCGGACGGCGGCGCGCCGCGAGAAGGCGCGCCUCGCCGCGGACCGCGAGGAGGCGGAAUACGUGGCGACGAAGGCCCUGGCCGACGCCGAAGCGCGGCGACUGGACCGGGAGCAAAACGCCGAAAAGUACGCCGCCGAGGACGCGGCGCGCCGAGUCAGCGAGGCCGAGGCCAAGAUUGGUGAAGCGGAUGUCCUUCGCCUGCGAAAAGUUUACGAAGAGGCCUGCGACGCCGACGGGCGCCUCCCGGUCCCGAACCUGCUCACCGCGUUCGCGAAGCUGACGGGCACGAAGCCCCAAUGGGAGGAGGGCGUGGCGCUCGCCGGCGGCCCGGGCGCGGUCGUGGCGUCCGCCGACGCCUUCGUCCUGCUGGCGAGCGCGCUCGACCCGGCGCAGUAUACGCCGCCCGCCGAAACCGACGCCGACGCGAUCUUUCGGAGGGUCAUGGAGCAACGCAAGGCCGCGCGGCCCCAAGCGCCGCCGUCGCGAUCGCCCUCGCGGAGCGACACGCGGAGCGACUCCCAGUCGGUCUCGGACGUCGCGCUCGACGCGGCGGACUCGCCGCGCGCGUCGCAGGCGUCGCCGCGCGCGUCGGAUGCCGGGUCCGACUUCUGGGGUUAA